AUGGAUCCGCAAAGUCUCUGCGAGCUCCUAGGAGACAAGCUUGAGGACGCAAAAUAUGGGCUACUUUGCCUGAAAGAAGACCCGAGUACGUACAAAUACUCGGUGAAGGACGCGUACGACCACCGUCUGGAGCACGUUCGCGACGGAGAAGGAACACAGCAUCCCCGUGCGCGAAAUGUAGGCGAUACACUUCUCUGGCAAUCGGCGGCGGUCUCUGAUGCGCUUAUGUGGCCUAUCGUCAGGCUGGACAAUUGGAGUUCCAUCGCAGCCCUUGCAAAGAAACAAAACGAUCUUGCCAGGAAAUAUGAGGAUGAUAUCGAAGUUUGCAAACGCCUCCCACGUGACUACGAGGAGGGUUUCUUGCUUCUUCUGGGGCACAUCGUCUCGUCCUCUGAGGUCAUAUGCCGACAACUGCAAUCAGGCAUCUCAGCUUCCCCCGGUCUCCGGAAAUUCUUCAUGAGACAGAACAGCCGUAUCAUUGAACUUGAAGGACACAUAAGAGAGAAGCCGAGCCCCAUAGACAGGACAAGGGAAGAACCAGGUUGGUACAAGCUCUCGAUUGCUUGA